GUACGCGGAGAAGAUUCGAAUGUCGAGUCGCCGGAAAAGCGCGAGGCUUCCGAAGUUUUCGUAGUUUGAAUGAAACUGGACUUUCCGCAAAAAUAGUCAUGGCUCACGCGCUCGUCGGGAGCCUCGGGAACUUAGAUUUGGAGGAUGUCACCGCUCGCCAAAGGAAGGAACGGAAAGAUCUCCAAGCCAAAAUAAUGCAAUUCAAGAAAGCUGUACCUAAGGGAGAUAAGAAACGCCAGAAAGAAAUGCAGUUGCAAGUAACACAAAUGGAAGCCGAGUUCGAAGAAAAAUGUAAGGCAGAACUCUCAUUGAUGGAAGCAGCUCUACAAACUUCGGGGGCCGGUGAUGACGGAAAGGACCUUACUGCCGAGAGCGAUUCGCCGGUUGCUCACAAAACUUCCAAAGCUGAGAAGAGAAGAGAGAAAAAGAGGCAGGAGAGUCUAGAGCGGCAGCAGAGGAUAGAGGAGCAAGAGGGGAUGAAUGUCAACCUGCCCCGAGCAAUCGAACAGAAAAGCUUGGUGGAGAAACUCAAGAGUGACGGUCUGAAGAUCCACGACAUCGCACCGGACGGGAAUUGUCUCUUCAGCGCAAUCUCGCACCAGCUGAAGAAACACGGUCAGAGCUUGUCGACAACGGAACUCCGGAAGCUGUGCUCCAACCACAUCAGGGAUCACCGGAGUGAAUUCGAGGCGUUCAUCGUCGAAGACGACUUCGACUCGUACUGCGAUAGGAUCGAAAAGGAUCAGGCCUGCUGGGGUGGCCAGAUCGAGCUCCAAGCUCUAAGCAGUGAACUCCAAUCAAAAGUUAUCGUAUAUCAGGCGGACGGACCGAACAUUGUAUUCGGGGAAGACUCGUUCAAGAGUACGAUCACCCUGUCUUUCCACAGACACUUGAUAAAAUCAGGGGAACACUACAACUCUGUUGUAGAGAGAACUGCAUCGGACGACACUAAUGAAUGAUUUCCUCCCCGCUGACGUGGAGAAUUCACCAGAUUAGUCACGCCCUGAUAGAGCGUUGCACGAAGUUGGGAUGCUUGAUCGAAGAAUGACAACAGUUUGUAUUUUCAAUAAAAUACUUCGCAAGGUAUUUAUAUA